AUGCCCUCCACCAAGAAACGGCGCACCAGGCCUUCCUCCACCACCACCCUGCGCCGCAAGAAAGCCGCGAAGGUCACAAAACCCACCAAGAAAUCCAAAAGACCUCAUCCAUCGCCAGGACCGACACUACCACCCAGGGCCAUCAUGCAUGCCGCCAACGCCCACAGAUUCGCGACGCCGUUCGAGACGGACGAAUGCCCCGUUUGCCUCCAGGAACUCGAGACCGAGGUUGCAUACACGGUCUGCGGUGGGUUUGAUAGGCUGAUCGCCCCUCUCUCGCCGGUGGUCCAAUGCUAA